UGCCUUGCUUGUCAAGAGUCAAAGAAAUAGUCUGAACUUUGUGGUAACAUAAAGCACACUUAUGUUUAGACAUAAGUAACAAGAUUGCUAACGGUUCUAAGGUGAAUUUAUUUGCUUUUAUUUAGCUUUUCGGUAAUCCCAACUAAAAUAUGAACUAAAAUAUGAAAUUAUCACAUGAUUGUAUAUGUGGCUUUGUUGAAGGAUAGGGAUCUUUUGUUAUUUCUAUAACAAAAAGAUAAUCUUCAAAAUCAGAAAAGGUCACACAACAUAUUAAAAAAGAAAGAAGAAAGUUAAAUAAAGCGCCUACGCUGCCUUACUUCUAUAGUAACAUAGAAUAUCCAACCUCACCAUAUGCGGAGAAUAACUCCGUUCUAACUGCAGCUUAAACCGUAGCUGACUAGACAGGUUAGUAUGACCUGUACCCUACGUACACUAAACGUAAAAAUGGGACAGCAAGGAGUCAACCCGCAGGAAACUUAUAAAGAUUUGAUUUCCUUCGGAACCUUAAGAAUCGUCAUUUUUUUAUAAGGCUCCUCAGAGACCUUACGUGAGGCUUCUUGUUUUUUUUAAUCACAACAAAAUGAUUCGUACCAUGAUUUAUCCACAAAAAUGUGCACCCGAUUGGAUUGUUGGAUUUACUGAUGCUGAAGGUCAUUUCAGUAUUAUUCAAUCACGAAAUAAAAUUCGGUGCCGUUUUAUUAUUUCACAAAAUGCACGUUCAAUUCAUGCCUUAUAUGCAAUCAAAGACUAUUUUGGCGUUGGACACGUAAAUUGUGCUGGUGGUAAAAUGUAUGCUUACACCGUAGGCAAUCUUAAUGAUAUCUAUGACAAAAUUAUUCCAUUUUUUGAAAAAUAUACUCUUCAUUCUAACAAAUAUUUUGAUUGGCUUUUAUUUCGGCAUGCCCUUGAAGCACAAAAAAAUCGUUCUAGUCACAACUUAUUUAGAGCGAAACUCAUUAAAAAAAAAGAUUCUAUAACACUUCAAAACCAAAUAGAGAGCUUACUACAGACUGGUUCCUCGGCUUUUGUGAUGGAGAGGCUUGUUUUACGGUAUCUCUUGUAAAUAAAGUAGUGCGUCCUCAGUUUAUUAUAGGUAUACAUCAAAAAGACCAGGAUCUGUGCUAUAAAAUAAAAAAUUUAUUAGAGUGCGGGUCUGUAUAUCAACGAAAAAGUGGAUUUAUUAUUUAUCAAAUAUCAAAGUGUGAAGAUCUUCUAAAAAAGUUGUUGCCCCUAUUAUACAUUAAUGGGAAAUAUCAUAGAUUGCGAACAAAAAAAAAAUUAUGUGUCUCUUAUUUUGCUCGUAUUUUGCAAAAGGUAAAGAAAAAAGAAGACAAGACUGAUACUUGGUUAAAUCAUAUAAGAUUGUUGAAAAAACGUAUGAGUGAUUAUAAAAAAAGUAAGUAGAAGAUAAGGUCCGGACUUUUGUGUGAACAAAAGAAGUAACUAAAUCCUUCGCAUCAAAGAUGCAAAGCCAUCAUCGAUGCAAAGACUAACUAGUUAAUAUAUAGGAGAUUUAGCGAACAACAAAGUCAAGCGAAAUUCCUUGUCGCAUAAGUAGCGACCUGCAUGAAUGGUAGACUAAUAUCGUUAUGCCAUAAUUUUUCGCAAGAAAAGUAGCGAUGCAGUAAUUUUAGACAACUUGACUAUAUGCGGGAAAUCCCAAUUUAAUCGGACAACCCGCAGGCGCUUAGAAUAAGACAAAGAAAAUGAACAAAGAAGAUCAAAUUUUUGAAAAACUAAACAUUCUUUGGUACAACAUUGAUGAAUCCGGCCGGAUACUACAUUUUGAGACCAAUAGUCCCGGCGUCUAUGUAUAUCGAAAUAUAUUAGAAUUGGACAAAGUCUACAUUGGCUCUACGGCGACUCUGAGUAAAAGAACAAAACGACACCAAUCGGAGGUGGCUCAAGGAAAGGCUCAUGUCCUCGAUUCUACAAUGCUGUACGUAAACAUGGUUGGUCACAAUUUCAAUUUGGAGUCUUAGAGUAUGUAUCAAACUUAUUUGAGUUA